AUGCCUAAAGCCUCGGCUUUACCGUAUCUCAACCUGACCUCUACAAACAUUGAGGAAUUCAACGGCUUGACUCCUGCGACCUUGAGUCCUAGGUCGACAGGCUCGCCUCGCACCCCGGAAUCCGCCCCGGUAUCACCAUAUCUGCGAGGUGCUGCGUCGCCUUCGACCAUGCAUCAUGUGUCCGUGCCUCAGGAUGGAGGCAACGAUGGCCAUCGAACUGGGCCCAAUUCUCCAAGCAUCACUGCAAUGCCCGAGUUACCGCCUUCACCAGUUCCCCAGUCGCCAAAACAUGGGCGAGAGGCAUCCAAAAGCUUCUUUUCAAAUUUGAUGGCCUCAAAAUCCUCCCACAAACUGCAGCCCUCUGAAACCAGCGUUCCGGAAAGCGGAGAGAGACCAAGUGCUCGAAGUCGGGCGAGCUCGAAGGAUAGAUCGUUUCAUUCAGUGCAGAGGCAAGGCUCGACCCCAGACUUACCAAGAAUGGGGAGUGCCAAUGCCAGCGGCGCCAAUCCUCCUUCCUCGGAGCCCAAUGCUGUGGCCUCUUCUGAGACGACCCAACCUAGCAAGAAAGUCAGGUCAAAACUCGGAGGGAUUCUCACAAGGACUAAAACUGUGAGAAUGGAGGAAACGGUCCCGAAAAUAAAGAGUUCAGCACCUGGUCAUCUUCAGCUGGAGACUGCGAACCAAGAUAACCUUGAACUCGAGCCAUCCCCCAAAACUGCACCCAUCAAAAUGGAUCAUCGAGAGAGAGCGUUUGGAAAUCCGGGCAGCGGAGCCAUGCGAAACCGCUCUGCAGAUCGUCAUAUGCGUGAGGACUCCCUUGUGACGAGAAGGGAGCGCCCAGGCGGAGGGAUACCAUUAUCCCACUCCUUCAGAGAAGGUUCUACUCUUCAGAUAUUAUCGAAUAUCGGUCAAACGGGCAAAGGGAUGGGCGAUCGUCUCGGUAAGGCCGGAAAAGGCUUCCUGGGGAAGAUCACAAGGAGUGGGAGCAGCACCGAGCGUGAACUUGUCACGGAUGACAAUUACACCUGUACCACCAUCAACCUGCCACUUGUCAAGCAAACCCGCAAAACUCGGAUUGCCCGACGCCUCGAGUUCUCCAAGGACAAGACAGAGUUUUGGAUGCCUGCCCUGCCAUGGCGAUGUAUUGACUACCUGAACAUGAAUGGAGCCGAAGAAGAAGGACUUUAUCGAAUACCAGGGAGCGGCAGAGAUGUCAAACAUUGGCAACGUCGGUUCGACACCGAGUACGACAUCAAUUUGUUCGAUGAACCAGAUUUAUAUGACAUCAACACCAUCGGUUCCUUGUUCAAAUCAUGGUUGCGAGAGUUGCCUGAUGAGAUCCUGCCAAAAUCCACCCAAAGCAGGAUUGCCAGCCAAUGCGCUGGUGCGACGUCAGCACCUCAGAUGCUCAAGGAUGAACUGUCGCGACUCCCACCGUUCAACUAUUACCUCCUCUUCGCCAUCACUUGCCAUCUCAGUUUACUUAAUCACUACGCCGACAAGAACAAGAUGGAUUUUCGAAACCUGUGCAUAUGUUUCCAGCCAUGUCUGAGGAUCGACGCGUUCUGUUUCCAGUUCCUGGUCAUGGACUGGAAGAACUGCUGGCAGGGUUGCUGGACUGAACAAGAAUACUUGGAAGAGGAAUACCGGUACCAACGCGAGGGCUCCAUCAACGAAGCUAAUGAUGUCGCGGUUGAAGACAGAGCCAUUUCGUCUAGUGACAGCAGUCAACAGCAAGCGUCUAAUCCCCCACGAAGCGCUGAUGCAGCUACACAACGCAAGUCCGUUCUACCCAAGACCAAACAAAGGAGUCUGUCGUCCGAAGGAGGUGCGAGGCGGAGAGCAAACAGCAGUCACGCAGCAACUCAAAGUGUGCCAACAGCACCUAGAGUGGUUACUCCAGAGCCUCCGGUGUUGUCUCUGGACCAAAAGCUGCCCGAGCUGACCGGCCUUUCCCCGAUUCGCAUGUGA